AUGGACGCCCUGCUCGCCCACGAACCGACACCUGAGCAACGACUGCUUAUUCUCGGUGCCUUUGUUGCCGUUGGCUUGCUGCUCUCCCUCCAGCUCUCGCAGACAGCCAGUCCACAACCUCUCCGCUGGACGCUUCUGACGGACGAGACAAGACCGUACUGGUACACCAUCUACGUCCUGGAAGCCUUCCUCGCCAUGCAGAACACGUACCCCCUCCUCCUGGAGAAGAUGCGGAGCCUCCACCUGGGCAACGAGGAGGAGAUCCUCAACACCGUCUGGGUUGGCCUCUUGGGCCUCGAGGUCCUCAUGGUGCUCGGUGUCUUUGUGCAGGGUGUCGCCAAGAGACUUGGCUAUGGGACUGCUGCUGCGCGCAAGGUCAAGGCCAGCUGA